AUGCAUCCCGCUACAUCCCUUCUGCUUGCCGGUGCUGGCAUCGCCAAUGCCUACACAAUUGCUGUGGCCGAGCCCUUCAUGAGAAAGAACAUCGACCCGGUGGUUAUUCCCGGCCAGUACAAAAGUCAUAUGCACACCUUCUUUGGCUCAGAUGCCGUCACCCUCAACACCAACACCUCUGCGGAGCUCCAGGCCGGCUGCUCAACUGCCGAGAACCCCAACGAUUAUUCCUCUUACUGGGUCCCUACGCUCUAUGUCAAGAACGACACGGGCAUGACUCCCGUCCCUUUCUCCCGUUUCUCAGCCUACUACGUUUCCAUCGAGAAUGCCGAAGUCGCGAUCCCCCAAAACUACAAGACCGUAGCCGGAAACUCGAAAGCAACAUCCCAAGCUGAUGUUGAGGAGCUGGCCGGUAUCCAGUGGUUCUGCGAGGGCGACGACGGCGAAACGAAGGAUGCUGCAGCCUUCCCCACAAAGACGUGCUCUACGCACCUUCAAACCCUGCUGCUCUUCCACGACUGCGUGAACGAGCAGACCCUUGAAUCCGCCUACUCAGGCACUCAGAACUGGAAGGACAGCUUCAAGCCCGCCAACCGCUGCCCCGAGAACAUGAAGCGCAUGCCCCAGCUGCGCUUCUCCAUCCGCUACGAUCUCCGCAAGGUUCUUCCCGACGGCUGGAACGGCACGCCUCCCUUCGAGCUCGCGUGCGGUAGCUCGUACUGCUCCCACGGAGACUUUAUUAACGGCUGGCUUCCCGAGGCCGCGACGAACAUGCUUAAGGCCAACGACAAACGCGAGUUCGCCGGCGUCGACGGACCUGAUGGAGCGUACAAUGCUGGUUCCAAGUGCGGUGCCGAGAACGCCAAGGAUGCUGACCCCAACAACGGUACCAGCGACUAUGAUGAGAGCGUUAAGAUGAUGAGCAGCAAGCGCAGCAUCGGCCAGCGCUUCCGUUCCGCUCGCUCUGCGUUAGAGACGCAUUGA